CGCUCCUGCGAAGCGCGCGCCCCCGCAAGCAUCCACCCAGCUUUCCUAUUUGUGAACGAGUUUACCUCUGGAGGUCAUCAAGGAGGAUUUACGACUGGACAACAAAAGCACGUGAUUCUAAGUCGUAACCCAUAUUUGGAUGCCUACGUAGGAGGGAAUCAAGUACAUGUCCCAGUCAUUUCCAUAAUUCAUCAUAAAUUGUGCAGGGGUGCUAUAGACGCACAAAACCAUCAAGAGCCACAAAUCAAGCACACACAUAUUAUUUGCUCAAAAUAAUAACAACAAUAUAAUUAUUGUCAACAAAUGAGCUCUUAUUUUGUGAAUUCAUUCUGCGGUCGCUAUCCUAAUGGCGCGGAGUACCAGUUACAUAAUUAUGGAGAUCAGAGCUCAGCCAACGAGCAAUACAGGGAUUCAACGAGCAUGCAUUCCAGCAGGUACGGCUAUGGCUACAAUGGGAUGGACCUCAGUGUCGGGCGUUCGACCACCAGCCACUUUGGCGCAAGUGUUCGGGCUCCAGGCUACACACCUAGUGCGACAGCCGCAUCUGCUGAGACCAGGUACAAUCAGGCAGCGACGGCGUCUCACUCGCCUCCACCUGACCCGAUACCGUGCUCCUCUGUCGCAAGUUCUCCUGUCAGCGAAAGUCACCGCGCUGUUAAAAACUCCAUUGUAAACCCCGCCACUUCAUCUAGUUCAAACAACAGCUGUACGCUGUUGAGCCGAGACGGUGUUUCCAAGACGUCCGCCUCAGAAGACGACAAGCCGGCGGGAAGCGCUCAGACAACUUCACAAAACGUCACGGAGACUGGCCAACCCCAGAUAUACCCAUGGAUGCGAAAACUACAUAUAAGUCACGACGGCUUGGCCGGACCUGAAGGGAAACGGGCGAGAACAGCCUACACGCGCUACCAGACUUUAGAACUGGAGAAGGAGUUCCACUUCAAUAGGUACCUGACCCGUAGACGGCGGAUUGAAAUCGCACACGCCCUUUGUCUCUCUGAGAGACAAAUUAAAAUCUGGUUUCAGAAUCGGAGGAUGAAAUGGAAAAAAGACAAUAAGCUCAAAAGCAUGAGUAUGGGGGCAGCGGGAGGCGGGUACCGUCCAUAAUUUUUUUUGAGCUCCAAAAAGUACUGACAGAAGAAGGGAACAUUUCCCCUACGGCGCGUGAGAGACUUCCCAUGAGCUGUUAUGGGGCCGAACGCACCCUGUGUCACUCAUUUUAAGCCAUUUCUUUUUCAUUUGGCCGUGUUAGUGCUUCGAGUGAGUAGAACUGCUUCCUGUAAAACUUUGUUUGGUAAUUGUGUAAACAAAUGGGGGUAUAUGUUUAACUUAUUUGCUGUUUUAAUAAAGAAGUGAAUCGUAAAAUCGUAAAGCCCGUUUAGUUGCCAGCAGAAGUUAUGUGUUGCACUCUAACUGAACAAGUGAAGAAUUAAUGAAUAAUUGUGUUAUGCUCGUGUGUUUGUGUUUGUUUAAUGUAUUGCGCUAAGCUGUCAAAGAGACGGCUGUUUUCUCUGUAAUCACAAAUACUACCUACCUUGUACUGUAAAUGUUAUGUGUUGUGAAUACGUGACUGAGCGACGGUUCCGACCCAGUCUGUCAUAGCUGUGCCUUUGUAUCCUUUUCUUCACAAAGAUGUGUUCCGGGCGCAGCGAGUAGGAUGUGUUUGACAGAAGGUCCUUAGUGGACUUGUCGUCUGACUCUAAGGCCCAGUUGUGAUCAUUUUGUAAAUGUUUUAAGAAUGACUGGAAAUAAAAUCAAGGAUGAUAAUAAACUUUAUAUUGCAACAUCUUCA